AUGGCCUCAACAGGGUCCUUCUUCCCUCGUAUCGAGUCUGUCUUCUAUGCUGUCUUCGACAGCCGCCAGGGUCCCAAAGUCGUCUACCAAAAACGUUCUGUCUCGUCUAACCGCUGCCUGUUUCACUUCGAUGACAUCUCGAAAUAUGUCAUGCCGCCUAGCGCUCUUUGCGGAAGGCUCGUAAUCUGUGCGACCAGGGGGCACAGGAUCAUCGGCUUUCCUGUCGAGCUUCAGGGUGCCUACGACCGCAACUACUUUCGGUAUAACCUGUGCUUCGUCUUUGAACGCAAUGCGGACUUGAGCUGCUACGAGCCUAUUGUUCGUAAAGUCAGUCGAGUUCUGACUGCGUGCGAGCUGGAAUCACGCUUCCUUUCUGAACCAGACAGUUCUCCGUCAAUUUAUGCUGUUCUGGAACAGCUCUACGAGGACCUGAACUCGUACUCAGAGACAUCUAUACCCCUGGACAAGUUCAACUCCAUCGAGUUGAAGAUCUUCCCAUUUUAUCCAAAUCCGCCGCAGGUCAAGGACUGGGCGGUUCCUUUGGCUCUGAUUGACAUUCGAAAGCGAAUUGAACCGAAUUGGGACUUGACCAUGAUGAGGGUCUGUCAAUACAUCGACGGGACCAAUCAUGUUAGCCGCAUCGCACGACUGGCAGAAUGCGACAUCGAUCUCACUCGGCAGGCCAUCGCGCAUCUACUGUACUACCAGGUAAUAAUGAUGAUAGAUAUCUUCCAAUAUUCCAACAUGUAUACUUUGUGCACCACAAUUCAGUGGCUCGCAGACGAGACCCAUGUAAGGGACGAGUGUGGUCCGUACGCGACAAAGCCAGGGCAACGCAUAACGGACUGGCCAAAAUUACUGCACCUCUACUCACGCCUGAAACCAGGCAAGACGGUAUACGAGUGGAUGGAAGAGUACGACGUGCAGUCAUACAACAUUGACGUGCGCCGCUUUACCAGCUUCGGCGUCAUCAAGGGCUUCCUUCGCCGAGUGCAUCGCUGGCCUGUUCUCCUUCCAGAGACGGACACGCCCCAGCAGAGCGGAUCGGCCUACCCCACAUAUCCGAAGGAGCUCUUGCCCCUGCUGGAUGGUGAACAUCAUACCGACGAGUUGUGUGUGCGUUUCGAGGUGGGCUGGCCGGUGUUGAGGCAGUGGUUAGUGAUCGCAGGCGUCGCGAUAAUCUACAGGUAG